AUGAGUGAAUCUUACUAUUCUUUAAAUGAUAAUUGCAAAGAUAGUAGAAUGAAAUGUGAUUUAGAUAAUAAAUCUGUUUCAACAAAUGAUGAUAAAUAUGAAAAUAAUGAGAUAAACUCGAAUGAAAAUCUGAUUGAUGAUCUAGAUAAUCAAACAAUUGUGCAAAUUAUUAAUAGUUCAAACAAUUUAAAGUUUCCAAAAAAAAUGUAUAUACCCCAUAGUGUUAAAAUAUUAAUUCCUAAUUUAAAAGAAGAACAAAAUAAUGUCAAAAAUGCUAGCAUUUUAAAUAAUGUAUAUAAAAAUUUUAAAAUCUACGAAAAUAAAAUUGAGGAGGCUGAAGAAGAAAAAAUAAAUGAUGAAGAUAAUACAAAUUUGACUUUGAACAAUUUAGUUAAACGAAUUGAUUCAAUUAAAAUAGAUAAUGGUAUGUCUGAAAUUUAUAAUGACAUAUUAGAGGGAGUAAACUAUUUUAAUCUUUACAAAAUUAGAAAAUCUUAUUAUUGUAUAAAAAAUAUAUUUUUAAAGAAAUAUAAUAAUGAUAAAAUGAUAAAAGCAUUUAUGGAAAAUGAAUGUGUUAGUGAAAUUUUAUAUAGGUAUAAAAUAAUUAAAAAAAUGGGAAUAAUAUUUAACAUUAUUAUAGAAGACCCAGAAGGAUAUCCAUUAAAUUAUUCUGUAUUGUCAAAAAAACGACGUAAAAAUUUUAUAUCGGAUUAUAUGAUUGAUUUGCUCGAUAUAAAUGGAAAAACCCAUCCUCAGAUAUCGCUAAUUCCUAUAAAUGAGCACAGCGAUAGUUGCAGUAAUAACACGACGGAUGAAAACAAAAACGAUGCAUCGUGUAACAAUUUAAAUGAUACUAAGCAUUAUGAAAACAUAACAUUGUUAUUCGAGCAAUUACUAUGUGAAAAUAGUAAAAAAAAAGAAAUGACAAACAUCGAAGAAGGUAAAUAUAUAAAAAACAGUUACAUAGAUUUUAAUCAUUUCCAAUUAGCUUAUAAGGAAAAUAAUAAUAGCAUUUACUAUUUUAUAACACAUAACAAAAUUUAUGAUAUCGUGAACCAAGCACAUCUUUUUAAAACAGAUAAUAAUAAUGACUCUAAUAGUUCAAUUACAAAAGAUGAAAAUAAACAAGGAAGUACAAAUACAUAUAUGUAUUUUUAUUUGAAUUUAAGAGUACCUUCUAAUUUCACGUAUGUUCUUGCAGCAAUAACAGAAAGUAAUGUGUUUCGAUUAUGGUUUCCAUUUUAUAAUUUCCCAAUAAGACUUGGUGUUAGUGAGUGCAAACUAUUAAAGUGCAGAGGAUAUGGUGAUAAAAUUAUUUAUUCAAGAGUAGCAACGCCAUGGAUUCUUAGUGAUAGAUAUAUAGUAUUUGAUACAUGGAUAUGUGACGACUUAGAAUUUUCAAAAGGAAUAUAUAUAUAUACUACUAGCGUUUCAGAUAACUUGGAAAAUAUUGAUCUCGGAGACGAUAUUAGCAAGUGUCUGGAAGUAAAUAUAACAAUGUAUGGAAUGAUUUUGCCAAAAAGCCAAGAUGAAACUGAUGUAAAAUAUUACAUCGAAAUAUGCCCAAAUAUGCGUGUCACUGAAUUUAUCAUUUCCUUUUUAACAAAGGUUUUUGCAAAUAGAUGCAUGGCCCAAUUUUUCACGGCAAGUAAAAAUUUCGAAACUAAUGAGGAAUAUAUUGAAGAAAUGCAAAAACAUAGUGAAUUUUAUGAUCGGUUAAAAAAAGUAGUAGAGGAAUGCAAAAUAUAUAAUUAA